GGACAGUAUUAAAUCUGGUAACUUGAGAGAAAUCUAAUACUAUACCUAAAUAAAAAUUACAAAUUGUUAGAAAUAUUACACCAGAAUGACCAGUUCGGUGAAAUCUCUAGCAGAUGAUGAGCGAUUUGCUUUAAUGAAAUUUAGGCGAAGUGUCCAAGACGUUCUUCAACCACAUCAUGAUGAUCAUUUUUUACUUCGAUGGCUACGAGCACGAAAGUGGGACCCAGUUGCAGCAGAAACAAUGCUCAGAGAGUCGAUGGAGUGGAGGAAGAAAUGGGAUGUUGAUAAAAUUCAUACAUGGGAAGAACCACAAGUAUUAAAGGACUAUUUGGCACAUGGGUUAUCAGGGUUUGAUAAAGAUGGAGCUCCAGUGGUAAUUGUGCCUUUUGCUGGAACUGAUUUAUAUGGAGUUCUGCAUGUGGUACCAAGAAGAGAUAUGGUCAAAGCUACAAUAAAAAUUUUAGAAAAAUAUUUGGCGAUAUGUAGAGAGCAAUAUAGUAAACAUGGACCCAAUGCAAGUCAAUUAGUCGUUAUUUUUGACAUGGAGGACUUCAAUCUUAGACCAUAUUUGUGGAGGCCAGCUGGUGAAGUAGUGAUAACAUUGAUACAGAUGUACGAAGCAAACUAUCCAGAGAUAUUGAAAACUUGUUUCAUAAUAAAUGCUCCGAAGGUUUUUGCAUUUGCAUUUUCUAUUGCUAAGAAAUUUAUGAAUGAAUAUACGAUAUCUAAAAUUCAAAUCUACAAAACAGAUUCAUCAAAGUGGAAAAAAGCUAUUUUUAAAUUAGUUCCAAAAGAAUCAUUACCAGCACACUUUGGAGGAACAUUGACUGAUCCGGAUGGUAAUCCACGGCUCAUAACUAAAAUAUGUCAAGGUGGAAAAGUACCUAAAGAACAGUACUGUUCUACUGAUCAAAAUAAUGAAGACUUUAAAUCAGUUGUUGUUCGAAAAGGCGAUAAAAUGAAGAUAGAUUUUAAGCCUGAUAAAAUUGGAUCGGUUUUAAGCUGGGAAUUUAGAACAGAUGAUCAUGAUAUUAAGUUUGGAAUCACCAAAAAUAAUGAAAAUGGGGAACAGUCAGAAAUCGUUCCUUUACACAGGGUUCCUGCUCAUCAAUUAGAUGAAAUCGGAGUAUUAACAUGUGAAGACUUAGCAACAUACUCUGUUGUUUUCGAUAAUACUUAUAGUUUUUUGAGAAAUAAAAAAGUCCACUACAAUAUUCGUAUUGAAGAACCGAGAGAUGACUUACAAGAAAUUGCAUUGAAUGAUGCAUAAAUUAGCCAAUCUAACAAUUAAGGCUGUGGUGAAUAGAAUAAGAAUGUGGUACUAAUAUAAAUAACUUUUUUUGUAUACAAUUUAUGGGAUGUAAAUAUAUAUAAAAAUAAGAAUUGUAUGAAAUGAUAA